AUUAAUGGUCGAACAAUAAAAGCACAUUCACAUUUCGUUACUGAAGAUGAAAUUGCUCUUAUGUCAGGUACUCAUAUGAUUGUUCAAUCACAACUUAGUCCAGCGCCGAAUUUAUAUAUUAUUCAUUUGAAACAAGUAGAACCAGAAAUGAUGACACUUGAACCACCAUUUGAAGGCGCACAUAUUUAUCCAAAAAUUCCACGUCCAUUUUAUCGAAAGAAACGAUUUAUGAUUCCAGCGUGUUUAUUACUUACUCUUCUUAUUGCAGCUGUUGUUAUUGGUGUCAUUAUGGGGACAAAAUCAAAACCAACAAAAUAUGUAUGUGAUAAUCCAUUUGAACCAGCCGAUGCUAUCGAUACUGGAAACUUUCCAUCUUCUUCUGUACUGGGCUAUUUCGAUAAUGAUACAUAUAUCGAUAUAGCAAUUGCAAAUUCAAACGAUGAUACUGUGUCUGUAUUACUAGGUGUUAAGGAGCAAAUUUUUCGAAGUACACGACCUGCUAUUGGUGAAUCACCAUCUAGUAUGAUAUCAGUCGACUUGAAUAACGACAACAAAAUAGAUUUAGUAGUAGCGAAUACAGAUGACGAUACAGUUAGUGUUCUAUUUGGUUUGGGAAAUGGACUUUUUCUGGAUGCAGUCGAUUAUGAUGUUGGUCAAGGUCCAAAUUAUUUAACAUCUGCUGAUUUUAAUAAUGAUAGUCAACCGGAUUUAGCAGUAACGAAUCGAGAUGACAUUACUGUUAGUAUACUUUUUAACAAUGGAUUUGGUCUAUUUCCAAAUAGUACCUACUUUUCACUUAAUUUCACCGCAUCUGUUAUAAUCGCUGGUGAUUUCAAUGGUGAUAAAAUCAUGGAUUUAGCAUUGGCAUUUACUUUGAAUCCCUCUGUUAAUGUAUUUUUUGGUAUUGGAAGUGGGAAUUUUAAUCUUGCACCUAAUUAUAGUACUGGUUACUAUCCAAUUUCUAUGAUAUCAACUGAUAUAAAUAAUGACAAGAACCUAGAUUUAGUAGUAUCCAACAGUGAUGAUGCCACUCUCACUAUACUUCUUAACAAUGGAGAUGGAAGUUUUACAACAUCCACUCUUAAUUCGGU